CUAGUUUCUCUAUUGACUAUGGAUUGUUAAAAUGUCGUGUUCUGUUUUGGUAUCAUCUCGCAAUAAAGGAAAUCAAUUUUCAUAAUAUAUCCAUGAAUUUAAAAUUAUACAUUACGCGUUUUACAUAUGAAAAAUUGAAGAAUUUUAAAUCUAAUCAGCAGUCAUGAAUACUACAGCCCCAACUUCGGCUGAUGCCUGCCUGAGUAUAGUUCACUCCCUGAUGUGCCACAGGCAAGGGGGUGAAAGCGAGGGUUUCUCAAAAAGAGCUAUCGAGUCAUUAGUCAAGAAAUUGAAAGAAAAACGAGAUGAAUUAGAUUCAUUGAUCACAGCUAUAACAACAAAUGGUGCCCAUCCAAGCAAAUGUGUUACCAUUCAGCGAACUUUGGAUGGACGUUUACAGGUUGCAGGAAGAAAGGGUUUCCCUCAUGUGAUCUAUGCUCGUAUCUGGCGGUGGCCGGAUCUCCAUAAGAAUGAACUUAAACAUGUUAAGUUCUGUCAGUUUGCAUUUGACCUUAAAUGUGAUUCAGUUUGUGUUAAUCCUUAUCAUUAUGAACGAGUUGUAUCUCCUGGAAUUGAUCUCUCAGGACUCACACUUCAGUCCGGACCUAGUCGAUUAGUCAAAGAUGAGUAUACAGCAGGUCUAAGCGGUAAUGGAAUGGACAUGGAUACUGGCGAGUUGGUGACCAUCCAGCAUCAUGCUACAAGCCCGAGACAUCACCACUCUACCAUACCUCACCAUCAUCAGCAAUUUCAAACUACAAAUAUUAUUAUAAAUCAAGGCCAGACGCCCGAUGGCGUUGCGAAUAUGUUUUCUGCUACGCACGGCUCGCGAACCCCAUUACGACCCGGAGCACCGUUGGCCCCACCCCAAAUGGUACAUUCACCUGGCAAUCAAAUGAUCACAAAUCAUUCUGGUGGCCAAAUGCCUGGUACUCAACAAAUGGGUCCGGGUACACCCCAAAUGGCACCCGGUACUCCUCAAAUGGGGCCGGGAGCUCCUCAAAUGGGACCGGGAACUCCUCAAAUGGGGCCAGGAACUCCACAAAUGGGGACAAACGUACCACAGAUGGCUUCGCCGCGAUUAGCAUCUGCGCCUAACCAGAUGUCCCCAGGAACCCCACAAAUGCCAAACAUAAGCCAGGGAAUGUCAAUACCGAGCCCGCAACAGAUGGCAAUGGCGCAACAAAGAGCUAUAGCCCCUAAGUUGGAACCACCCGAUACAAUGGACGCUCGCGCGAUGUGGCUGCCAAAGAGAAUGAAUCAUUCUGCUAUGCCAGUCAGUAUGUCACCGGGUGGUACAACACCAUUACUAGACGGUUCAAACAACACAUUCUUCACUACAGAGCAGACAGCUACCGACACACAAAUGACACAAACAUUACCAGCCGGAACAGCAGCAGUGUCUGCAGUGUCGGCGGUACCAGUGACAGUAGUAUCGGCUAUGCCCACUGAGCCUCAGCAGAAUGGCUUUUCUGCGGGCAGUCCUGCUCCUCAGCAGAGUCCAGUCCCUCAUCGUACACAGCACCAACAGGGUACGUGGACGGGCAACAACACGCUGACGUACACGCAGAGCCUGGCGCCCCCGCCCGCCGCGCCGCCCGUGGACGCGCCCGCGCACCACCACCACUACUACAAUGGAAACCCUGGUGGUCUUCUAUCAAGUCAGCCUGCCCCAGAGUAUUGGUGCUCGGUUGCUUACUUUGAGCUGGACACUCAAGUGGGGGAAACAUUCAAAGUGCCCUCCAGUCGGCCUAAUGUUACUGUCGAUGGCUACGUGGAUCCCUCCGGCGGGAACAGAUUCUGUUUAGGUGCUCUCAGUAAUGUCCACAGAACAGAGCAGAGUGAGCGUGCAAGACUGCACAUCGGCAAGGGCGUGCAGCUGGACCUGCGCGGCGAGGGCGACGUGUGGCUGCGCUGCCUGUCGGACCACUCGGUGUUCGUGCAGUCCUACUACCUGGACCGCGAGGCGGGCCGCGCGCCCGGCGACGCCGUGCACAAGAUCUACCCCUCCGCCUGCAUCAAGGUGUUCGACCUGCGGCAGUGCCACCGGCAGAUGCAGACGCAGGCGGCCACGGCGCAGGCCGCCGCCGCCGCGCAGGCCGCCGCCGUCGCCGGACACAUCCAGCCCGCGCACCCCGGGAUGAACAAGUGUUUAUCAGCGGCGGCUGGCAUCGGCGUUGAUGACCUGCGACGGCUGUGCAUCGUGAGGUUGUCGUUUGUCAAGGGCUGGGGACCGGACUACCCGCGUACCUCCAUCAAGGAGACGCCAUGCUGGGUUGAGGUGCAUCUGCACAGAGCGCUGCAACUGUUGGACGAGGUGCUGCACACGAUGCCGAUCGACGGUCCGCGGUCGAACAUCGAGUAGGAGUUGAUCGGCUUCUUUUGAGGCCUUCGAGCGACUCCGCACAGCCUGGCGCCUUCGCCGGUACACUGCUCAAACUACCCUCUUUACCCCUCCACUUUGUAUACCUUACCCCCUCUGAUCAUUUCGACGUAAAUCUGUUACACGUGAUAUGGUAACAUCGAUUACCCUCCAGUAAUUUAGUGUAUAGUUUUUUUAACGAAGAAACACUGCAAGACAUUAGAUUCUAUUUGUUUUCAUGGUAUAAUUAAUUAAUGCAAGUCAGAAUACUUAAUAUUGCAUUUUAAAAUGUUUUUAUUAAUCCUUAUUUGCUAUAUAUACGAUAUAUUAAUAGUUUAUAUAGCAUAUUUUUGUACGUCCCACAUCCUUCCUACCUAGUCUAACUUUGUCCUCUUGAUGUAUCGAAGAGCAAAAGCACACAAUGGAGAGUGCAUAAUGAACCUUAGUGCUAUGAUCUUAAAGAUGCUUUUCCCUCGAGCGGUGUCUCGAACGCAACCAGGCGAAAUGUGCAAGUUUGUUUAGUGAAGUAAAGUGUCAAGGAUUGAGUAUAAUGUUGAACGGUUCACAGAGCUGGAUAUUUAUGUUUAGUAUUGUCAUAUGAUUAGCAUUUAUAUAUUUGUUAAUUAUUUUUACGUUGUAUUUUAGUAUAGAUACGUUUCGGCUAAAACCGUCUUCCAAAAGAUUAUUAUAUUUUUUUUCAUUUUCGUCUUCCUUUUUCUAAAUUGUUAUCAUAAAAUGGUCUGGUUAUAUUUUGUACGGUAAGGAUUGUUGAUUGGAAACAAACGUUGCACAUUGUAUUAAGGCGCAUUCGCUCGCGUUUAUAUAAAAAGGUGAACUAUACUUGAUGUCUUGUAUCUAUUUUACAACGUAGAUCAGAUUAGAAUGUAACAUAGCACCAGUAUUGAUAUGAAAUGGACUAAAGAACAUAUAGAACUGAUCUCAGUAUAUUUUUCACAAAUCCUAAUUGAAUUAUCGUUAAUAAUACUUAAGUAAGAUAUUAGUGAUAUGCAUAUAUAUGUUGUAAAGUUAUACGAAUUUUAGUAACAGCGAUACCAAAUUAAGGCAUUUUUUUUUUUAUAUAAUUUAGAUUAAAUAUAACAAGACAUGAUUAUGGUUCAACUUGAAAGAAGCCAAAUAGUAAUUAGCUUUCGAUAGACGUAAGCUAAAGUACCGCGGUUAAGUUUAUACAGUAAUUUAUGAUAUUUAGGUAUAGAUAUAUUUUUAAGUGAUAUGAUAUACGCGGCGCAGGAAGGCUGUAUUUUGUUAGCGGGAGGAACUGCACGCUGGGGUUGCGUGAAGCGUUACGAGUCAACAAAUGUAUGAUAUAAUUAAAGAACUUGCCAUAUAAAAAAAAAAUAUAUAUAUAUAUAAAUUAAAUUACAUUUGUGUUGCCAUGAAAUGGUAAAAUAAGACGAAUUCGAUUUAUUAUUGCGGUUAUUAAAAUGAUUUAUAACAGAUUAAAUGAAAUGUUUAGUAAUGACACACGCAACCUCGUCGUUAGUGAUGAUCUGUGAUGUGCUAACAAAAGGAAAAAUAGGAUAGGUCGCGUAAUCGAUUCGAUGAACUUAGAUAUUAAGCCAAAUGACAUAUUUUGUGUACGAGAGUUAAAUGUUUAAGGAUAUAAAUGUAUGUCGUGUUUUUGGAACUUUGAAAUAUUUGAGAUUUUCCUUUUCGUUUGCUAUGUAAUGUAGAUUUGCUUUAAUUUUUAUUUUUAAAUACUUCUCAGUUUUAUAUGUGUUGAAUUGUAAUACUGUUAGUGAGGUGUUGCGAUUUUUUUUUUUUUAUAUUGAUUAUUUUAUUUUAAAGAUUUGUAUGAUGUUGUAGGUCUCACCUACUUUUAAGCUUUUUAUAAUGUUUUACUUUUGUCUCAUUUUAUGUAACAGUUUUUUUUUUUUUUUUUUGUAUUUCGUAUAAUAUUGCACGAUUUCGCCUACUGGACGAAUAUCAUCACAAAUUAUAUUAUUUAUUGUUUAUUCGUUGUUCACAAUAUUAAUAUUGUUACCAAAUCAUUUUUGAAAUUUGUAUGUGCAAGUGUAUAUAGUACGAGUACUAAAUAUGAUAUUUUUAAUAACAUUGUGACGUGUGGCGGUCGGCCGGCUGGGACGAACGAUGGCCGCGUAUCGGUACUUAGGAAUUAUACCCAUUCAAAUGUUCUCUUAAGGAGUUUUCACGAAGGAUAAAUAAAAAAUAAGUGACAAUCGAAAAUACCUCUGUAAAGUGAUCAAAAAAAAGGAUUCAAAGGGUUUUUAGAUUUUAAUAAGUGGUAAGGUUUUAAUGAUGUUAAUGUUUUGAAUAAUAUUUGACAAAUUCUACAUACCACAGUUGGACUUGACGUCGAUCACGCUCGUUUUGUCGAAGCGAUCGUUUCAUGAAACACAUGCGUGAAUAAUUAUUACCUUAUACAUACAUCUGUAGAAUACUAAGAGAUUUUUUACUCUGUAAUUGAAAAUCUAACGAACAAAAUACGCUACUGUCUGAAUAUAUAAGUUAUUUUUUAUUAUACGAAAGAAUAAUUUAAUCAUUGUUUCAAUAUUAUUGGGAAUGCUUUCGUGAUGUAAUUGCUUCAAUCCGUGUGGACUUUAUAACUCAUAGCGAUCAUCUAUAAAGACUAACCGAGUGUUCAUUGUUUAUCAUAAACCAUAAACGAGAAUUAAUAUCUUAAUUUUGGAACGCGUUCAUAAUUGACUGCCCCGGUAUUCAAUACUUAAAAUGAGAUGAGCUGAUAGUUGACAAAUGACAUAUUCUCUAGAAUCUUCCACAAGCGCUUACCUGUCCUCUCCCUACUUCACAUAAAAAAAAUCCUUUAAUGUAAAUUUCAUAAUUAUUUGGGUAAUAAUUUUGUAACGACUCAGUACGACAGACACAUAUUUGAACAUUUAUAAUAUUAGCAACUGAAGAUGUCUCGCUAGACAAGUCGAGAUAGUAUGGUAACGAAUAGUCUGUCAGACUCGGAUUAAUUAUCUGGUGUGAUUAAUGAGUAUCCUUGCAAUAAAACGCGCCUUCGCUAGUGAAUACAUUUAUACCGUCUCGGUAAAUGGUGAGAGAUACGUACUAAUAGAAAUUCCACCUUGAUUUUCAUGUCAUAAGUCAUUAUAUCUUCAAAGGAUUUCAUUUUGGAAGAUGGCAUAGCAAACUUGUAAAGGUUGUGACUGUUGUGAAUUAACAUGAUAUUUAAACAAUAUUAUGUAUUUUAUGAAACGAUUCGAUUCGACUUAAUCUAAAAUCAUUCAAUGUACUACCCCAACAAAGUAAUUAGACAUGCUGAAAUGCAUUAAUUGUAUCACCGUUUCGAAAAGUGAUCGUUGUGUGUAUAGCCUCGUCUGCGUAGAUUGUCUACUUAUUUUGGUCGGGUAUCGUUUUGAGCAGUGUGACAGUUAUUGGAUAUAGAUAUAGUAAGUUGGGUAUCGUUAAUAACUAAAUAUCCGGAGUUUAAGUAUGAAAUGAUGUUUAUAAAUGUCUAUUGGGAAACGUAAUGCAGUUUGGCUAUUUGGUAUAUUUUUCGGAUAUUCGCAAAGCGAAAAAAAUUCUAUAACUGUUUAAGAGACUAAUGUAUCAACUUGAUUAUUUGUACGACGUUUUGUACGUGAUUUUGUUUUCAAUGUUUCUUUUCUCAUAUCGUAAGGAGAAUUACCGCACACGGUGAAACGUAGCCUUAAGUGCAUACUUUAAGAGUGACUAUAAACUAUGGAACAGAAAUGAAUAUAAAGGUUAUUCCUCUAAA